AUGGCCAUCCAGAUCCCCAUUGACGCGAUCACCUCGCGUUUCGGCGACCGCUUCAACAGCAUCCGCAGCCAGUCGAUAGGCACCCGAUUCGCCAACCUGCGCCCAAUCUCGGAAUUCCUCGACCUCAAGCGUCUGUCCAAGCCCGCCAAUUUCGGUGAGGUCCAGAGCCGCGUCAACUACAACCUCAGCCACUUCUCCAGCAACUAUGCCGUCGUCUUUGUGAUGCUCAGCAUCUACAGCUUGCUGACCAACUUUGUCCUGCUGUUUGUCCUCAUUCUCGUGUCUGCCAGUCUCUGGGGCAUUAGCAAACUCGAUGGCCGCGACCUGGACCUGGGCUUCCGCCGGUUCAACACCUCCCAGCUCUACACGGCGCUGCUGUGUGUCGCGGUGCCCCUGGGAAUCUGGGCCUCGCCCAUUGCCACGGCCCUCUGGCUCAUCGGUGCCACGGGCGUGACCGUCUUCGGCCAUGCCGCGCUGAUGGAUAAACCGAUUGAGAAUGCUUUUUCCGAGGAGGCGGUCUAG